UGACUUUUACUAGUAUAGUUAUUCACAAGACGUGUGGCGAUUUGUGUAGCUUUUUUAUCUUUCAUGAAUAGCAUGGACGCUGUGACCGAAUCAGUGUUUUACUUGAUCAUACAUAAAAAAUAUAAGUUAGCCUUAAGUGCUAUUGAUAGACAACUCUCUAGUAUGACAACAUUGUCAUCUGAACGUAUGAAAUGGUUAACCUAUAAGGUAUAUUGUUGUAUUAAAUUACAGCAAUACGCGAACGCUGCAGCAGAGCUUGAUGCACUGCCACUUCUUCCAACUGUCUCUAUGGAAAAUACAAAUUCAUUUAUAACAUACGAAGAACUGUUAUCAUGCCGUUUAGGAAUCAAAUGUUCAAUAUACGACUAUCUACUUCAGCUUAUGGCGGCAGUUUUACCACUUUGUAUAGCACACAUUGGAAAUAAAAAUUUAUUAAAAGCACCUUGUCCUUUUCCUUCUUUUCAAAAUGUUAACUAUUUGAACCGAUUGUAUUCACUUCUUUUUUUUGUUCGUUUAUGUAAAAACACAUGUUUGGAACAAAAAAAGAAUCGUUUAGGUGAUGUUGAACUUGAUCAAUUUAUUGAAACUUGGAAUCUUCGACAUUCGCUUACGAUUCAAUGUCUUGUAUGUUGUUUAAUACAAUUGGAUUUAUAUGAGGAAGCUAUUAGUCGAGUUAAUCACGAGAUUCUUGAAGGAAAUCCUGAAUCAGUGAUUGGAUUCGUUUUAACUGGACGUAUUCGACUUGGUCAAGGAUUUUUAACCGCAGCGGAAUAUUAUUUUGGUGUUGCUGAAUGUUUGGAACAAUGCGCAAAGUCUAAAUUAUUUAUAGGUGGAGCAAACUCCAUUGUUUCUUUGGCUGAAUUCGACGUGACAGCAGCUGUUCAACAAUGUUAUCUAGCAUUAGAUUUACAGAACAUUAUUGAAUCUAGUUUUCCCUUUGCAGCCAAUGACAUUGUUCGACAUAUCUUACAUAAUUUCGACGAACGACAAGCUUGUACUGCAUUAAACAAUUUAGCAGUAACCCUUGUGUAUGAUGGACGGGUUAAAGAUAGUACCCGAUUAUUAGAGGAAUUUUAUUUUUCAACGGAAAAGCCUUUGGUCACAUUUUCUGGCGUAAGAACAUUAUUAACGUUAUAUGAAUUCUUACCCAAUCCUCAAACAAAAAUUUAUCAGUUAAAAAAUCAUAUUCAAUCGUUCUCUCCAGAUGAUAAAGAUAUUGAGUCUUUAGUUAUUUUUUAAUAUUAAUCGUGCAUA